AGCUCAGAGGCAGUGACUCAGACUGCCUCAGUGGAGCAUAACCAUGCUGGACAUGAGGGAGAAGGAAGCCAGCUGGGGGAGACGGAGACGGAUGGAGGGGAUCCCUGUGCUCCUCAGCCAAUAGCAGCGUUGGCAGGUGAUGUCAUGCAUUAAGAGUGGUAGUGCUGCUGAUGCUGCUGAGCUCUUGUAUCCGAGGACGUGCAAACUCUGAGAAAAAGCAGGAGAGAGGGAGACGACCAACGCGGAUAUUAUCAAAAAGAGGGGUAAAGAAAACAAGCAGUAUGACCCUAGCAGCAUAUCGGGACAAAUUGAAGGAGCUCCCUCUGGUGUCACUAUUCUGCUCCUGCAUCAAGGCAGACAUUACAGACAAGCCAACCUACAAAGCUGAAGAUGCAGUGGAUCUGAAUUGGUGUGAGAUCAAGGAUGUGGAAGUGAUUGAGCUGAACAAGCGUACAUCUGGCCAGGCGUUUAAAGUUAUCCUCAAGCCCCCUUCAUUUGAUGGCGUGCCUGAGCUGAAUGCCUCCAUGCCGCACCGCAAAGAUCCCUCAUUGGAGGAGAUCCAGAAGAAAUUGGAAGCUGCUGAGGAGAGACGGAAGUUCCAGGAGGCAGAGCUGCUGAAGCACCUAGCUGGGAAAAGAGAGCAUGAAAAGGAGGUCAUCCAGAAGGCCUUCGAGGAGAACAACAAUUUCAUCAAAAAUGCAAAGGAGAAGCUUGAACAGAAGAUGGAGACCAACAAGGAGAACCGUGAGGCCUUGCUGGCUGCUAUGCUGGAGAGACUUCAGGAAAAGGACAAGCACGCAGAGGAAGUGAGGAAGAAUAAAGAGUUGAAAGAGGAAGCAUGCCGAUAAAGUGAUGGAGGAAAAGUGGACUGUGUUGGGUAUGAUUUACAGAAAAGGGGAUGAGUGGGAGGUAUAUAAAAGAAGACAAGCAAGAAGUAGUGGACAUUGCUAAUGGCAAGUUAAAACACAACAAACCUUUUUUUUUUUUGUUCAUGUGGUAUAAAAUGGCAAAACAAAUUACUGUUUGGACAACCAUGCAAGAUUCAGUGAAGUUCUAGUGACAGUGGUUCAGGUGGAAGAUAUUACCAAUUUUUCGUAAAACAUUCAUUUAACCUAUCACAAUCAUUUGUACAUACACAGGUGGUGAUGUGGAGUAUAGGAGAAAAAGAAGAAAUAACUACUAAAUAAUACAGAAUUACAGAGAAUGGAGAAUUACAUUGAAACUUAAGAUCAGUGAUAUUGGGGCAAGAUCUUACGUAAAUGUCUACACACAUUGCAAAAAUAAAAUAAAAAAAGCAGCUUUUUCUUAAAUUUAUGCUGUCUAGCAAAGUGCAAGCUAUGCAUGUUUAUUCACUUAACAUUUCUUUAUUAUAGAGACACGAGUUUUCUCAAAUAAAAAUAUUUACUCACAUUGCAAUUGUUCUCUAAGAAGUAUUAAAUUCCGGAUGAUGCAUUUUAAUGGAUUUAAUGAUAAAAAUAUUCUAAGCUCAUAACUUUUAGCUUUUGUCAGAACAAUAUUCCUUAGUAACUUAAAUACAAUUCAAAGCACAUAUAAGCUAAUAAAAAAAAUCUUUUUUAUGAUUAAGAGAGAUGUCAGCAAAAUGCAGAGCAGGGACAUAAAAAAAACUAAACAGAGAGAGAGAAUUAAGAAACACUGAGAAGCUGUGCUGAUCUUUUAAUGACGUGGCAAUCACUUGUUUUGGUAUGUCUCUGUGAUUUUCUUUGUGGUGUUAAUGUCGGUUUGGCCAAGAUGACUUUACAAAAUGACCAAACGUGCAGUGAUGAGCGUUGUUGUGAACCGUUCAGGAAACCCCAUUGGCUGUUUUUGUGGUUGUCAUGAAGAUGGUCCUGUUUCUGAUUUUCUCUUUAUUAAAUGACAAAACAUCUCUUUAUUAAAUCA